AUGGAAGAAGAUCCAGGUCCAUCGACGCCAUCUCGAAAGAGAUCUCGCUGGGAUAUCGAGGAAGAAACUAGUCCGACAGAACAACCUCUGAAACGCCGUCCAAAGAGUAAACAGGUCAACGACACACCCGAGCCCUCAUACUCUAUUCCACACAUUCUCCCCCGGUCCCAGACCGCCUCCCAAAAUGUUCGACCGUCUCAUAGUGCAUAUGUUCCCCCACGGACACUGCAUCCUACGCUUCAGCCUUCACGCUCUGUGUACUGUUACGAGAGGCUUAACUCUAUCGAAGAAGGCUCAUACGGUGUUGUAUUCCGCGCAAGAGACAAAGAAACUGGUGAUAUCGUGGCAUUGAAGAAGCUCAAACUCGACGAGGAGAAGAACGGGUUCCCUAUAACUGCUCUGCGGGAAAUCAAUUCGCUAAUGGCGUGCAAGCACGAAAACGUUGUCGGGAUCAGAGAGGUUGUUGUAGGGGACACUUUGACACAAGUUUUCAUCGUGAUGGACUUCAUAGAGCACGAUUUGAAGACACUAUUGACCGUCAUGCCAUCACCAUUUCUACAGUCCGAGAUCAAGACACUCAUGUUACAACUACUGUCAGCAGUAGCAUAUUGUCAUGAACGAUGGAUUCUCCAUCGUGACCUUAAAACCAGCAAUUUGCUUAUGAACAACCGCGGUACCAUCAAAGUGGCCGAUUUUGGUCUCGCCAGACGAUACGGCGAUCCAGUUGGCGUGGGUGGCUUGACUCAACUUGUUGUGACCCUCUGGUAUCGCGCGCCUGAGAUCCUCCUCGGCGCGAAGGAGUAUUCCACCGCCGUGGAUCUGUGGUCUGUGGGAUGCAUAUUCGCUGAGUUGCUCUUGAAGGAGCCGCUCUUCCAGGCGAAGGGUGAGAUCGAGCUGCUUUCAAUGAUCUUCAAACUGCUCGGGCCUCCGACUGCCCAUUCGUGGCCGGAUUACAGCUCACUACCACUGGGGAAGACAAUUACCCUUCCUCCCCCCCAUCCUCCACAGCUUAGACAGAAGUUUCAGUACAUCACUGCUGCUGGGAUUGAUCUCCUAUCACGGCUACUAACGUAUGAUCCUGCGAAAAGGAUAUCAGCUGUGGAUGCUUUAAAGCAUCCAUAUUUCAGCGAGUCGCCUUUCCCCAAGCAUCCAGACCUAUUCGGCUCAUUCCCCUCUGCAGCAGCAGGAGAGAAACGGAGAAAACCAUACGAGAGCCCCCCUGCUCCUGUUCGUGCCAUAGAUCACAAACUUCUCACCGAGUUUGAACCUUAG